AAGAAACUUGAGCGGAAAGAUUGCCGGUGAGUUUGAGUCGUCCCGUCCCGUCGUACUCGUAGGCUUGGGAGGCAGCUUAGUAAGCGAAACCUUAUAAGAGCCGCCAAUUACGACUCUCGUCACAACUACCUGAAGGCAACCCGAUAGCUUUCACCACGACAUCGCAAACUCGUCAGGUUUUUACGCUCAAUCGAAUCGGCAAGAUGAGUCUCAAAUAUGGUCUUGGAGGUGCUACCACAACGCUGGCGAUAGUGGGAGCUUGUAAGCAGGAAAACAAAUGGUUUGAGAGGAUGGGUCUGACGAUUUCUAGAUCUGCUCUUUACUGGUGAUGGAGAAGCUUUCAACGUACGUCCUGGACUGGCAGAUUGUAUGCGAAGCUGUACUGACCCCUUCUCAAGUUCGGCCAAUUUCUUCUGGAUGUUUCCCCAUACGCCUGGGCAGAUAUGGGCAUUGGUUUGUGCAUAGGACUGUCAGUUGUUGGAGCAGCAUGGUACGACCUCCCACGGCCCUUCAUGGGAUUCCGAACUCACUGUAUCAUAGGGGUAUAUUCAUAACCGGGUCGUCUAUUCUUGGUGGAGGUGUAAGGGCUCCUCGCAUCCGAACGAAGAACUUGAUCUCGAUUAUUUUCUGCGAAGUGGUGGCUAUUUAUGGUGUCAUCAUGGCCAUCGUGUUUUCAUCGAAACUGCAGUUGGUGGAGGGGGACGCGAUGUACUCGGGAAGCAAUUACUACACUGGCUUUGCACUAUUCUGGGCUGGAUUAACGGUUGGAAUGUGCAAUCUCAUCUGUGGUGUUUCCGUCGGAAUCAACGGUAGUGGGGCUGCUCUGGCUGAUGCUGCGGAUCCAAGCUUGUAAGAUGCAGCAAAAACAUGCUUCUAUACAUUUACUAACUCGUGUUUCUCAGGUUCGUCAAAAUUCUGGUCAUCGAAAUUUUCAGUUCAGUCCUCGGACUGUUCGGAUUGAUUAUUGGGUUACUCGUUGCAGGCAAGGCCCUCGAUUUCAGCCCAUAAUUUCCCCCUUUUAAUCAACCAAAGUUGACAUGUUCCCCCCUUCACACAAACGCUGUUGUGUAUACCAAAAAUGCCGGUUGAGUUGAAGGCGUUUAGGUAGAUAGGAUGUUCGAAUAUUAUUGGGAACGAUGAGAGCA